UUUAUUACUUCAAAGAGAGAAAAGGUAAAAAUUGGCAAAGGUUUGUCUUGUAAUUGAAGUCAGUUUAGCCAAGAUCUUUGCAUCGUCAAUAUCGUUGUGAUUUUUGUACGCACUCUGGACUACUGUUACAAUGGUGUUCGAACAUUUGAAAUUGGUGUAUAUUCUAAUAAAUUUAAUUAUGUGUUCUGUGCAUACAGAAGCAAAGUCAAUAUCAAGAAAAUCACUCCCAAAACUGACUAAACUUACGAAAAUUGUUGAAACUGAAGAUGUUCGUGCCACCCAAAGCAACUGUGCAAAUUUACCACCCACUGUAUUAAGUGAUGUACUCGGUGCUGCAUUCAAUUCAAGAUAUAUGAGCAUAGAGCCACCAAAGUAUCCGGAAGAGGACAUGGAAAAUUUGCAUCCAAAUUCAUACCAAACAAAACGAAAUUCGGAACUGCUGCAACCGUUUUACGUGGACGAUACAUUUGCAUUGGAAAUCAGUGACAAACCGGCAUGGGAGGUCAAACAUACUGUCGAAGAACACGACCAAGGCUCUGUAUCAAUUAGCACCAGACAGAUCCAUCACCCGUUGAUGAACAUGAAUGUUGAUCGUUCGAAAAGAGACCUUCGGCGCGGGAACAGAAUGCGAAACGACCGUCCAUGGGAAUGUGAAGCUAAAAUCAAGUGGAUCGAUCUGGGUGCUGACUACUUUCCCCGAUUUCUACGUAGUGUUGAGUGUACGAAAAAGAAGUGCUGGUACAAUCAUUACGUGUGCAAGCCGCGAUCGUUUACAGUGAAGCUGCUGCGGCGACGAAAUGGUGAAUGUGUGCAGACCAAUCAGUUAAAUCGAGUAACAAAUAAUGAAUUGCCAGGAGACUUCAAGGAACUAUGGGUGUGGGAAGAACGAGCUGUGAAUUUUUGUUGCGACUGUGCAGCUGCGUAGAUGUUUUAUCAUUUGUACCGGCUGGUGUAUUUAUUUCAAAAAAAAAAUCUUUAAUACCUCCUUAGUUCCUAGAAA